AUGUCCAAUCUGUCAACUAUAAAGGCGGUGCACACCCGAUAUGUGAAUACCUUGAGCAAAGAAAUUGAAACAGCUCAAAGGUUGAUAUCAGGUGAAGGCCUGGAGGAAGAAAGAGAAAUAAAUAUAGCAUUGGGAGAUAAAUGUUCCAAACUGUUGAAAUGCUACAGUGAAAAGGUGGAAACCCAAAUGGGUAAAUUGUUAGAUUUGAUGGGUGAUAGCGACGCGAAAAGUGCGGAUAGUGUGGUGGAAAAAGAUUGUGAAAUAUUGAGAGAAGCAGAGACAUACAUUAUAGAAUUAGAGCAGCUUGGGGAAAGGUUGAUACAGAAACCAAAACAAGAAACCGAAAAAAGUCAAAUGAUAGAGUUGCAAAAACAAAUGCAAGAUUUGCUACAUGUUCAAAUGCAGCAACAAAGAGAGUUAAUGGUGCGUCAAGAAAAAAGAGACAGUCAACAAAAAAGUUGUGUAAAACUACCAAAGUUGGAUUUGUGCCCAUUUAACGGUGAUAAAUUAAAGUGGACACAAUUUUGGGAUGCGUUUGAAUGCACAGUUCAUGACAACAAGAAUUUGUCGAAAAUUGAAAAAUUCAAUUAUCUUCAAACAAAGAUUGUUGGUGAAGCUAAACAAGCAAUUGCCGGAUUGGCAUUGUCAAACGAGAACUACACUGUGGCAAUUGAUAUAUUGAAGCAGAGGUUUGGAAAUCCACAGGAGGCUGUGGAUUUGCAUUACAAAAAGCUGAUGAAUAUGCCAGCACCAAAUGGGAAAGUGGAUAGUUUACGCGCAUACCUAGAUACAGUAGAGAAACAUUUACGUAGUUUGGAGGUAUUGCAUGAAGAUAUUGAACAACAUGUGUUCGUUUCAAUGAUUCGUUCCAAGCUGUCUGGGGAUGUGUUAAGACAAAUUGAGUUGAAAAAAGGAUCAAAGGUAAAAUGGACGGUGCAUGGGCUAAUAGACGCUUUCCGUGAAUACAUAUUAGCCUGUGAACACGCCGACGACAAAGAUAAAUUGGAGAAAGCUUCAGAUAAUACUAGGGUGGGAGCACAUAAGUUCCAGAAGCCCCAAGAGAGGCCACAGUAUUCAACAUACCAGUCCCACAGAAGUGAACGACCUUUCCAUAAGCCAUUAACCUCUGCUGAAACAUUAUAUGCUAAUGUGAAAGGUAAAUCAGCAUCAGGGAAUUUCCAGAUUAAAUGCAGGUAUUGCAAUGACCGUCACUGGAGUGAUGAAUGUUUGAGGUACAAAGGGAUUGAAGAUCGGAAGAAAAAACUGCAUGGGUCAUGCUUUAAAUGUCUUAAAGAAGGACAUACAGCCAGGGAAUGUAAGACGAAAAAAUUGUGUGUUCAUUGUGGUGAAAUGGAUCAUCACCACAGAAGUUUGUUCCCAAAGAAAUUCGGAGGGAAAACCACAAAUGUGCAUCUUUCAGAGGAGAUAAGGGAAGACCCAUCUCACAAUAGUGCUACAAAGGGUCAUGUGUUGAUAUCGUCCGAUGAAAUGGUGCUCAUGCAAACCGCCAAGGCGAGUGUAGGCAAUAGAGACACAUCAGUUCAUGAAACAACUCGAUUGUUGUUUGAUUCGGGAUCACAAAGGACGUAUAUCACGGAACGACUAGCUAACAAACUAGGUUUAAAACCUACAGCCGAACAGGAACUGAAGUUUGUUACGUUCGGAAGUGAACAUACAAAGGUAAUAAAGACAAAAUCAGUGAACAUUGACAUUACCUUAAAGGACGGAUCCUGUAUGAAGUUGACAGCAAAUGUAGUGCCUACAAUAAGUGGAACAAUUCAGAGGAAUCCAUUGACGAAGGUGCUUUCAAAACAAAUGGAAUAUUUGAUUAAUAGUGUAGACCUAUCAGAUACUAUUCCAAGAGCUCAGGAAACCACAGCAAUUGAUGUCUUGAUUGGGAAUGACUAUUACUUAGAUAUUGUGUUACCCCAACGAAUAGAGAUUGAACCCGGACUGUAUUUGUUAUCUUCAAAACUUGGAUGGAUUUUAACAGGCCGUUUGAGUGAAGUUGAAAGUGGAACUGAUACACUGAGCAUGUUUGUGUUGACGCAUGGUACAGACAUCACAAAACAAAGUACAUUUUCAAGCUUAGAUGCUUCAAUUCCUACUAAGCCAGAUUUGGAAGAUUUCUGGAACAUCGAGUCGAUUGGCAUAAUUGACAAUGUGGACAAGUCCGAUGAUGACAUCGCCAUGCGAAAAUUCCAGGACACCGUUAGAUUUGACGAUGGUCGCUAUCAAGUUACAUGGCCAUGGCGUGAAGAAGAUUUCGAACUGCCAUCUAACCGACAACUUGCUCUUGGUCGUCUGAGGUCCACAGUGGCGAGAAUGUGUAAAAGACCAGAGCUUUUCAAAAAAUACAACACAGUGAUUGAGGAUCAGUUGGAAAAGGGUGUUAUUAAAAAGGUGAACUUUGGAGACCAGGAUGGCGUGGUUCACUAUAUUCCCCACCACGCGGUUAUUACACCACAAAAAACGACCACCAAAUUACGAGUAGUGUACGACGCGUCCGCGAAGACACGAAAUGAGAACCACAGUCUUAAUGAAUGUUUGUAUCGUGGUCUAGUGAUUUUGCAACAGUUGUGCGGGAUGCUUAUACGAUUCCGUAUGCACAGGAUAGCAAUUACUGCUGAUAUAGAGAAGGCCUUCCUUCAAAUAGGAUUACAAUUAGACCAACGAGAUGUUACCAGAUUUCUCUGGUUGAAGAACUGUGAAACACCGACGGUGGACAAGGAUAACAUUCAAGAGUUUCGUUUUCGUCGAGUCCCGUUUGGUGUUAUUUCAAGCCCAUUUCUUUUAGGCGCAACGGUGCAAACACAUAUGGACAAAUACAGUACAAGUUUUGCGCAACAAGUGAAAGAUAACAUCUACGUAGACAAUUUGAUAACUGGAACUAACACUGAUGGUGAAGCAAUAUGUUUUUACAAAGAAGUGAAAUCAAUAUUCAAAGAAGCAUCAAUGAACUUACGAGAGUGGAUGACUAAUAGUGAAAUAGUUAAUCAAUACAUUCCCAGCAAUGACAGAGCUGACGGAAAACCAAUGACUGUUCUUGGAUUAUAUUGGAAUCCAAAGGAAGAUACAAUUGCACUAAAACCUACGGAAGCCCAUGAAGUCGAGACUAUAACCAAGCCUGUUAUCCUGAAAGUCGUAGCUUCAACAUUUGAUCCGCUUGGAUUAUUUUCUCCAGUAACUUUGAAUGGAAAGCUGCUGAUGCAACAGCCGUGGAAAGAGAAGCUUGAUUGGGAUGAUAUCGUUUCAGAUGAACAUGUCCAAGAGUGGAAAACAAUCAAGCUCGAUCUUGAAAGGAUACCCACCUUCAAAUUGAAAAGAUGUGUUACCAAUGAAGCUGAUGACAGUGUGACCUACAGUUUGGUGUGUUUUUGUGACGCCUCUGAAAGGGCGUAUUCGUCGGCUAUUUAUCUUCGCCAAAUAACCGACAGGGCCAUCAAAGUAGAGCUUAUCUUUUCUAAGGCAAGACUUGCUCCUGUGAAAGGAAUGACCAUUCCAAAAUUAGAGAUAAUGGCAGUUGUCAUCGGUGUUAGAUGUUUAGAGUAUGUUCAGAGUCAGGUCGGUGUGCCGAUUGAACAAUCGGUGUUAUACACCGAUUCUCAAUGUGUAUUAAAGUGGAUUUCAUCUGAGAAGAAACUUCCGGUGUUUGUUCAAAAUAGGGUAAAUGAGAUCAAGAAGCACACCGGUAUAAGAUUUGCAUAUGUAAAGACAACUGAAAACCCAGCUGAUAUCGCUACACGUGGAUAUACUGUUGAAAAGCUUACUAAAAGUGAAUUGUGGUGGAACGGACCAUCUUGUGACGAACCCGUUUCCAGUGACGAACCCGUUACCAACGACGAGCCCGUUACCAGUGACGAACCCGUUUCCAGUGACGAACCCGUUACCAACGACGAACCCGUUACCAACGACGAACCCGUUACCAGCGACGAACCCGUUACCAGUGACGAACCCGUUACUUACGAAUCCAGCGGAGAAGCAUGUUUAUACACCGUGCCAAAUGGAGAGACUAUUUCAUCAGCCGACAUCAGUAUCGCAGAUACCGACGUCGCGGACGGUGUAAGUGCGUCACCCGACAUCGAAACCGAUGAAGAACGUAGCGAUUCGGAUGACACCUCCGUUAUCAUCAUCAGUGACGAGGAAGACGACGAGGAAGACGACACCGUAUGCCGAGACACAGCAACUCGUCGUGUGGCUUGCUUAACGACAUACACAGCUAGAGUAGUGUACACAUACAAUGGGGAUACUGUUAUCCAUGAACAGUUUGACACUAGUAUAGACUCAUGGAGUUAUGAGAUGUAA